UCGAGUUUUCCUGUCAGAAUUAAAGCAUCGAUUGUUUGACAACCCUAAGUUCUGAAAAAAAGCUUAAAAUUUUCGAUGUGUGCGCGUCUCCUCAAAGAAUUAGUUUUAGAUCUCGCUCUAUAUGGAUCAGAGUAAAAUUUUCCUGCAGAACGUGGCCAAUAUCGCUGGCCAACUGAAUCUCAGCCAAUUGGAAAGAUCUGUCAUGGCCUACAAGCGUUUGUGCCCGAAACUGGAGUCAUUAACCAAUUCGGGUGCGUCGACGCCCAACAUAUCUCCUGCUCCAUCACCAGCUCCUGUCGCUACUCAAGGAUUACGAGCAAGUGCCUCGGAAUUUGUGCCGCAAGUGCCACCCAGCAGCGACCGCAUUCCGACCGACUUGGAGGAUGAACAGGACGAGUACUCGGAUGACGAUGGUCAAGACGUGGAGCGCACCAUGAGAGCUCGCAAGCCCUCAAUCUGUGGUUUUCGAUUUUAUAAUCACCACUAUGAGACGGAAGAUGUGUGCGAGAGCCACUUGGAAGCGGAGAAGAAGAGAAAAUUCGGCUAUAGGGCUCCCAAGUUUCGACCAAACCAGCCAACUGGAAGGUCACCAAAGGCGGAAACGAGCUCCAUUCUCACGGCGGACCCUCCCAAAGAACUGGCCAACGGACAACCCCAAUUUAAAGGUCCCUAUAUGCCGCUCCUGCAGCACCGCAUCGCCAAUGCGGAGGCAUACGGGCUCAUCCGAGCUGCCAACGAACGGAGCAGCAUGCUCCUGGAGGAUAUGGUUAAACAGCUGGCACGCUUGGACAACUGUCCAUUCAAUCUCAACUCGCUUUUUCGGGGCAGAGGUGCACAGAACCCCGCAUCCUAGAUACCUGAAUAUAAUUUUAAAAGUGUAAAAAUUUAUUGAUUAAAGAAGGCUAUGAUUUUAUAGUCGAUCUGCCAUUCAGA